GGUCGCGGGGUCAAUAGUAUUUAAGUACAGUCACUGGAUGGUUCACCAUCAGUUAUUUUCAAACUUCUGAAAGCUGACUUACAUUAUCAGUAACGAGAAGAAAUUAAAUAUUAAAAAUGUUUUUCAAAGCCAUUGUUCUUGCUGUCGUAGUCACGACUAUUGUUGCUGUUGAGCGCGAUCCGGCAAACUCACCCUGCACCCCCGGAACCCAAUUCAACUAUUUUUGCAACACGUGCGCGUGCGGGCCUGAUGGAGAAGGAGCCAGUUGUACAAGACAGGCUUGUUAUCCCGGGCUUUUUAACGAGGAUGGAACAAUGAACACAAUUGAAUCGACCACAGUCAAGACUGAAGAUCUUCCUGCACUACCAGAUGAUAUGUCCUGCACUGCUGGACAAACGUACAAAAAAGACUGCAACACUUGUCGGUGCGUUAAAAAUAAUGUUCCAGUUUGUACUUUGAUGGCUUGUCCAGAUGAAUCAGAGGAAUAAGGACUGAACAAUUUAAUUUUUCGAAAUUUCGGUGGAUUUAAUAUGGAAGUCAACAUACCAUAGCCACGACGAUUAAACAAUAGUGAUAUUUUCCUUGUAUUUCAUGAAGUCGAUAGUACUGUUGUCGAAAUGUUCGUGUGAAAAAAACUGUUUAUGUCGGAUCAGCGAAUAAAUGUCUUUAUUAAUAUUGAGAGAGAAAAAAGUGAUGUUUUCCUGCCCAAUUCUCUAUUGCUCUCCAUUUUAGCAAUCCUACAUGUCAUUUUUGUAUUACUGGAUGUUAAUAAAACAGCAUUUUUUUAAACCAG